AUGAAGACUGAUGAUAGUGAAGAUAUUGAUUUGAGUGAAUUGACAGCAAUCAAAGCUGUUCGUGAUGAGCUCACUGUACAUUCGGAUAAUAUUCUGCUUCGGAAUCAUCGUAUUGUAUUACCCAAAAGUCUAAGGCAGAGAUCUAUUGAUAUUGCACAUGAAGGUCAUCAGGGUGUGGCCAAGACGAAAUCAUUUACACGCACCAAAGUGUGGUUUCCUGGCAUGGAUGGAAUGAUCGAAGAAGCAGUUAAGAACUGUGCAUCAUGCCAAACUCUCACUCCAGAAUUUCGUUCCGUUGAACCUUAUAAGAUGUCUGAGUUACCCUCAGGACCAUGGGAGAACAUCAGCAUAGACUUUUGUGGACCCUUACCUUCAAGUGAUUACUUAUUUGUCAUGGUGGAUGAAUACUCCCGUUAUCCUAUUGUCGAAAUAGUGAAGUCUGUGUCUGCAAGAUCAACUAUUCCGGUACUUGACAAAGUCAUUAGUACAUUUGAAUUACCAAAAACUGUGAAAAGUGACAAUGGUAGCCAAUUUCAGUCAUAUGAAUUUAAGCAGUUUGUAGAGAACAUGGGAUUUGUACAUCGACGGAUCACCCCCAGAUGGCCCCGGGCCAAUGCCCAGGCUGAGAGUUUUAACAAACCACUCAUGAAAGCGAUACGCUCUGCUCAUAUUAAUCAGCAGAAUUGGUAA